AUGGAUACGGUACUUGAAAGGAUAGUGGGAACCUUGCUUGAGACAAGAAACUAUACUUUUACGGAGCAAUUUCUUGACCAACUAACAGAACUCACAUUACAAUUUGUCAAUGAACUUUCAGCGGAUCUUUCAAAGUAUACACGGAUACAGAGAAGGCAACAGCCAUCUUUAUCUGAUAUCAAACUAUUGUUAAAACUAAAACAUAUUUCAAUAAAUGAGCUAAUAAGGGAAAUUGAACUAAGCAAGAAGUUUACGUACCGAAAGCAACUAGCCUCAUUGUUAGACCAGUUGGUCGAAGAACCAAUCAAAGAACAAUCACGUCCAUUCUUUGACCAAUCGUCAAUCACAGAGCUAGUACCCAGAUUAAAUGUCAAACCAGACUAUAUCCCGUCUUAUUUACCCGAUCUACCUCCAGACUAUACCUACCAAUCGACCCCGGAGUACAUGGAAACACUAACAGAUUUAAAGAAAUUGCGAAUGAAAUUAGUUGAAGAAUCAAGAAUGACAGAAAACUCUUUAUACAAAUUGAUUGAAUAUGAUGAUAUUGAAUGGAGACAGAAAUUCGAGCAAGAAUUGGUAGAGUUGAGUCCUGACUCAUCAGCCAACGAAACCACAGAAGUACCAAUACCGACUACCAAUGGGAAGAGUGAAGAUUUCAAAUUUGAUAUUGUUGAAUAUGCAAGAAUGAGAAAACGACUUUUGAUUAAAAGAGACAGAGAUUUAGAGAAUAGGCGGAAAGCAAGAGAGGAGAACAUGUUCAUGAAAGCAGAAAUGUACUAUUCACCAUACUCCACACUCAAGCCAACAGCAGAAGUCAAACAAUAUUUUUCCGAUGCCUUAUCGGACGGAUUCAAGAGUGUGAUUGUGUCGGUACGAAAUGCAGAAAAACUCAAAGAGCAAAACAUCAAACGUCAAAUGGAAGAAAACGCCAGACGUGAACAAGAAUUGCAGAAACAAAACGAGUCUAUAUCAUUUAGCUUUCCUACAAUAAACCAAUUGGAAAGUGAAAGCGAGAGUGACAAUGACUUCGAGCAAGAAGUAAAAGACAAUAUAGAAUUAAACUUUGAUGGUAGUGACAACGAGAGGGAAAGCCGGAAUUUGGUUGUCGUACAAAACUCGGACGAGAAAGCCUUACAGCAAGAUCCCCCACCCUCUAAGUUUGCCGAAGACGUAUCUGACAUGUCGUCGGAUGAUAUGGACACUAUUGCGUGA